GGCCCAGGCUCCUUUAAGAGCAGCAGCAGCAGCACUAAGACGUCGGGGUCUUUCGUUUUCCUCUCCCCUCCCUCCCUGUCACCCACAGAGGCGUGCAGCGGCAGCGGAUCCGAUUAGCGGGGAGGCCAGGCGGCGGCGGGAUGGCGGACGGUAGGCGGUGCUGGCGGCUGGCGGAGUUGCGGUGGCUGCUCCUGCUACGCCGGCUCCUUCUCUUGGGAAGCGGCGCUGGGGUGUAACAGUAGCCUUGACCAACAGCCUAGCCUUGCAGCGGCCGGCGGAGGCGCUGCUCCUGCCGCCGCGAAGCCGCACCGCGCCUCUGGAGAUGCCCCUGCAGCGGAGGCGCCCUCGACGCCGCCAGGGUUGAUUGAGCGAGCGAGCGCGCGCCGGGACCGGCGGCGGCGGCGGCGGCGGCCACGGCCACUAACUGGAAGGAGGCUGGCAGCCUGAGCCCGGGCGUCGCCGCACAGCAAUGGCAUGCAGACCCGCGCGAAGGGGAGCGGGGAUCCAGACGAGGAGGAAUAGCAGCAGCAGCAGCAGCAGCAGCUCCGGGCGGCGCUCGCUCGCGGCCGGACACCGCGCCGGCCAGGUGGAACUUUCAUCUCAUCCUGGAGCCAGGUGCUAGUGCCUAGGUUUGCCUUUUUGGCAGGCACCUCUGCAUUCAACAGACUGGGGUGCGAGUGACCUUCGUGGGACCUAGAUCAAGGCAAGCUUUUCCUUCUACUAGGCUUGCCUCUUUGCACUCGGCUGGCUUCUAUUGUGGCUGGAUGUUCUGCUGCAGAGAAUCAAAGCAAUACAGAAGGCGACAGGAACAAACUGUGUGGGAGAUCACGAACAUUCAGCAUCCUGGUACCUGUUCCCUUGGAGUUUUUACUACUUCAAUAGAUCCCCUUCUGCUCUGACGGCAUUGUCCUGCAACUUUCAGCUGGAGCUAAUAAUGACUUCUCUACCUGGCUUCCUCCUCCUUAAAUGCUGACCUUGAGUAUGAGUUGGAUGUUCUUUCAAAGAUCCCGUUGCCUCUUGCCCAUUGGUCCUCUCAAGCCACGGAGUCCUGCCUUCACGGUAUCCCGGAAGAACUCCACUGUGGCUUCUACAAGCUUUCAUCCACUAUGGAAGGCCAAGUACCUUGGAGGCCCUGGUGCCAUGAGAUCCAGUUAUUGCCUUGGACCUUAUUUCCAAUGAAAAAGGGAUUAACACUGAGGGGCUCUUAAGGAGAGGGGGCAAUUACUGGCAUGAAUGAUGAGUGCCACUAAUGGGGCUGGGGUUCUUGUUGGCCUUACAACACUGUCAGUCCCACUAGACUUUAGCCCACACAGUGGCCUGAUGUCCGGGCCACUGAGCCACAAUUUGACUCUGAAUCAGACUUCACCAACGUCCGAUCCUCUGAAUGUCUCUGAGGGGGCAGCAGCCCCUCGGAAGUCCAUCGGGGACAAGAACUGGCCUGCCCUCCUCAUCCUGAUCAUUAUCCUACUGACUAUUGGAGGGAACAUUCUGGUCAUCAUGGCAGUCUCCUUGGAGAAGAAGCUCCAAAAUGCCACCAACUACUUCCUGAUGUCCUUGGCAGUGGCGGACAUGUUGGUGGGCAUCCUUGUCAUGCCAGUUUCCCUCAUCACCAUUCUUUACGAUUAUGCUUGGCCCUUACCUAAACAACUGUGUCCAAUCUGGAUUUCCUUAGAUGUCCUCUUUUCUACUGCCUCUAUCAUGCACCUCUGCGCCAUCUCUCUUGACCGCUAUGUUGCGAUCCGUAACCCCAUCGAGCACAGCCGGUUUAAUUCUCGCACCAAGGCAAUAAUGAAAAUUGCUGCUGUUUGGACCAUCUCUAUAGGGAUCUCGUUGCCCAUCCCAGUCAUCGGCCUGCAAGAUGAUUCCCGGGUGUUUGUGAAUGGAAGCUGCGUCCUCAAUGAUGAGAACUUUGUCCUCAUUGGUUCCUUUGUGGCGUUCUUCAUCCCGCUCAUCAUCAUGGUGUUUGCCUACUGCCUGACCAUCCAAGUGCUGCAGAAACAAGCAUCUGUGUUCCUGUACGGGGAGGCACCCAAGCAGAGGAGGAGCAGCAUGAGCUGUCUGAAGAAGGAGAACAACACGGAGAACCUCUCCAUGCUCCAGAACCAUGAGGCCGCAUCCCACUUGAACUCUCCUGUCAACAAGGAAGGGGUGCUGUUCCGGAAAGGCACCAUGCAGUCCAUCAACAAUGAGCGGAGGGCAUCCAAGGUCCUGGGGAUUGUCUUCUUUCUGUUCCUCAUCAUGUGGUGCCCCUUUUUCAUCACCAACAUCAUGUCUGUCCUCUGCAAAGAAGCCUGUGAUGAGGCUCUGCUGGGGGAGCUCCUGGACGUCUUUGUUUGGGUGGGCUACAUCUGCUCUGGGGUCAACCCCCUGGUAUACACACUCUUCAACAAAAUCUACCGCAGGGCUUUCUCUAACUACAUCCGCUGUCGUUACAACAAUGGCAAAAAGUCAGCGCAGCGGCACAACCAGUGUCCAAACGUCUCGACAACAGCUUUAUACGGGAAAGACCUCAAUUUGAACAGUUACCGCAAUGGGAAUGAACUCAACAGCAUGGAGAUGGACGAGACGGAGGAUGCUUUGGAAAUGCAUGUAGGAACCUCAGAGCUCUCAAUAAACAACUGCAGUGGCAAGAAAACGAGUAGUGUGUAAGACUGUUCAAGGACACACCUAUGCUCCGGACUUUCGUUGUGGCUCAACUACAGACAAUGUAUGUGUUAAUCAAAGAAUGAUGUAAAUAAUGCAUUCUGAACAAAGCAGUCUCUCCUUUUUUUAAAUUUGAACUUUCACAUUUGUAACUCAUUGCUUUCCAUCAUUCCUAAAACAGAAUCUGUACUUACUGUUAAAAGCAGAGGAGGCAGAGCCUCUAUAGGAACAGUGGGUACCAGACCCAAAGUGGCAUUUGUUAUUUUGCUUCUGAAAUGUUGAUUUUUCUCCCCUUGCUGCAUGAACAAAAGUGCUGACUAUUAAUCUCAGGUGGUAUUUUUUUGAGUCCUCAAUGGUCCAUUAUGAGUAGUCACAAAUCAAAUAAAGGGACAUGGGCUUGGAUAGUUCAACGUUUCUUGUGCUAGCAUUGAUAGCAAACCCUGGAUAAAUGCAUGUUGUGCUUGGUUGUGGUGGAUGAGUUGAUGAAAAUGACUACCUGGAUGAAUGACAGCUGUGGGAAAAGAUUAAUCCCAGGCUAAGGGAUCAUUAGAAAAGGGAUCAAAACAAACCUGUCAAUACCACCAUGCCUUUAAAGAAAUCAUGUUUCCACGUCUUCCUUUUAUUUUUUAAAGGAUCUUUGUAGAACUGGAAAUGGUGCAGAAAAAAGUAACUAUAGGGAUCAAAGGCCUGGGACAACUCCCCUGUGAAUAAAAGCUACAUUAUAUUUGCAACUUUUUAAUUUGAAAAAGAAGUUGAAUAAAGGUGGCAUGUUAGUGGUGUA